AUGAGCAAGGGGAUAAGUUCCUCCGCUCGGAUACCUUCUGCGAAUAUGUCAACAUGGGGGUGUAGCAACCCCUGCGACAAUAUGAUAUGCGAUAGGAAGGGUCAGCCCCAUACAUUUGCAACGGAACAGGCGCGCCGAACGUCUUAACCUGACUCUCUUCAACACGAUCUGAGCAUGGAAAACGCAAGCAUUGCGUAUCGCAACAGUUGCACGGUAUCCCAGAAUCUAAAAGGAGCAUACCGCAAUCACAGGAUAUCGUUCGACCACCUUCGCGAAAUGGGCUCAACGGCCUACUUCAUGCGUGACAAAGCCCUGCAAUAUACCAAAUCGAACGAGCGUGGGUUCAAGGACCAUUUCGUCCGAUACGACUGCACCAUGACGUACCAUAUCUGGAAUAUCCGUAUUAAGCAGCUCAUCCGGUCUCGACACGUGAAACUUAUCGACACACCUGGCAGGCCUGUGCGCACUGAUGAAAAGGAGCAUGCAACCGUUGACUGCGAAAGCACUACCAGUGAUGCUCCCGAAGCAGCCGUAUUGGAGCACAUGCUAGGUGAACCUGACGAGGAGAAGGGACAGCGACUGGCGCAGCAGCAGGCACGAACGCAAUAAUUCGAGGAAGAGUGACCCUUACAAAAGCGCCAAGUACCCGCCUUGAUAAAGGUCGACUCGUGCCAAUAAGCAAUCUGGCGAGUUCUG